AUCCUUUUCAGAGCUCUCUGGGUUUCUGAUGGUUUUUUUCUAGAUGCUUCCCACUUUUGAUUAUUUCUGGCCACCAUGUCUCAGUGUUAAAGUGGCACAAGAUUUACAGAGGAGAGCACUAUGACAGUCUGUGUUACAUCUGCAGAGGUUUUCAUCUUUAAACCUGUAUUCAUACAGACAUGGACCUGACCUUGAUGCUGCAGUUCCAGCUCGUGGUGGUGCACUUGGCCCUUGUGGUUGCCCUGCUCUGGUGGAAUUCCAGCUCUGUGCUCCUGGCAGAGGCAGCUCCUGAGCCUCUGGAACCUUCUGCUGCUCUGGGCAUGGGAGACCAUCCCAUUGCCAGUGAAGAGAAGUCAGCCACCAACCUGGCAGCCAAACUGUUCCUUCUUGAUGACUUGGUGUCUCUGGAGAACGAGGUGACUGAGACCAAGAAGAAAAGAAGCUUCUCAGGAUUUGGCUCCCCGAUUGACAGAAUCUCUUCAUCCUCUGUGGAUGCUAAAGGCAAACAGAGGAAAGUGCUUGAGCUGCCAAAGAGAAGGUUUGGAGUUCCUCUGGACCGGAUUGGAGUGAGCCACCUUGGCAACAGCAGAGCUUAGCAGUUCCUGCAGAUGCUUCUAUCCUGAAUGAGUGAUGCUGUAUUGGAAACAAGAGAGAGAUAUGGAAGAUGCCUCACACCAUGUCUUGUCUUUGCCUAAUGAUACUGCAUGCAAGGAAUUGACCUCCUGCAAAAUCUGUAUCAAGUUGCAUUUUACAAACAUUACAUUUACAAAUAGUAACAUAUUCACUUCAUCAGGUCAGAAUGCUCUCACAGCUGUGCACAGUGUCACUGGUAGGAGGGAAAACAGAAUAUGUAUAUAUUUUUAUUGCAUGGCAUUUAUCUGUUAAACUUGCAGAAUUUUAUUAUCCUAGGCAGGACUGAGAUGUUUUGGAUUGAAAAUAAAACUUCCAGAGAUGCCAACAGCAGUCCAUGAAAAACAGGGAGUUUGCUUUGCACAUUUCUUUCUGGAGGGGAGCUGUUUGGUAGAUGAAGGGAGGAUGUAACAUUUAUGGGACAAAGCUAGAAUGCGUUUGAACUGCAGUUUGGGAGGAGAUGUUUUCUGCCUUUACUAGGAGUUGGUCUGAAUAAGAACAGUGACAAGACCUUAGUAUUUGUCCUGAUCUUUUGAGUAGUCUCUCUCUUAUCUCUGCACCAUAUUUAGACAUGUUUUCAUCAUAUGGCACAUCCUGAAAUGGGGUGAGACUUUUAGUUGAUGAAUAUAUUUCAGUCUUCCCUAUGCAUAACGUAGGAUAGUGUCCAAAUAUGAAUCAUCCACUUCCAAGGCUAUCUGCAUCAUAUGCCUUAUUUCAGUCUCUUGAUGUGUGCACAGGGCAUGGUCAGAAUCCAACUCUGAAAUUUCAAGUAUUUCUCACUCUUGCAAGAUGUAAGCAUGUCCUCUCCAUUUCAGAGUAAAACAGGUUCUCUGCAAUCCUUUUUCAUCCUUUCCACUUCUUUCCAGAUUAUAAAAUACAGCUGAGAAGAGCUGUCUGCUGACAUCUCAAUGCUCAGAUUCUAACUGAUGUUUUCUAAACUUCACAUUCUCUCUCCUUCUUGGACUUUGGUCCAUGUCAACUAAAUUCCUCAGAUUGCUGUUCUUGGGUAUAAAUCAUCCUUAGCAUUGCUAAAGAAGAUCCAUUGAGAAAGGGAUUAUGAAGGAUUAAGGGGAAAAAAGUUAUUCUUGCCAAACAUCCUGUGUUAGGCAGGAAGUAAUCCUGGAAAUGGGAAUUAAGUGUUAAUUUCCUGAUCUUGUAUGAGGCACAAAGCACCUGGCCAUCAGCUAACAAAAUGGGGGGAAAUAGAGCCAGCUUCAAAAAAAACCCAAAAGAACUUUGGAAAUCAAUGAUACUUCAAAGCUAUUGUAGUUUUGGGGUUGGGACCUUGGGACAAUUGCCCUGGUUCAGCCAUGGUGGGAGAUGAGGCUCCCACUCAUAAGGGCAGGUAACAUCUAAUGCGUGUGCUUGGACAUAGCAGGAGCCUUUCCCAUUUUCCUCCUCACCUACAGCCCUGCCCAGAGACCAAGACUGGCCCAGGCAUAGAAAAUUUGCAACUUUUAUUGAUGUUUCUAAUAUAGGCUGAUGCUGCUGAGAGCAGCAGCACACACCAGUGACUCACGUCAAGAGGUGUCCCUAUCUUUGCCAUCUGCCAGAGCACUGCAGCUGAGUUAGGAGAUCAUUCUCCCUUCGGUGGGUGAGCUGUCAGUGCUUGCAGUGAGAUGAAACACUGCAGAUGCUUUCCAGACCAAGCUCUCAAAAGUCAGAGAAAAAAGAAGACCUGUAAGUCCAUAUAUGAUGAUCUUGAAGUUUUGCUUCCUGCUUCUCUCCUGGUCACACUGCUGAUUUUCUGCCUUUAAGCUUCCGGGUGAAGGGUCUGAGAACUGGACUCAGUGGGUGCAUUUAGGCUGACUGCCUCAAGAGUUUCAGACCAUGCUAGAAGCAAGCCUGCAAGUGCAGUCCCAGGCAGUCCCAGACACUGCAUUGCCACCAUCCAUCCUGAGCCUGCCCUGGGGUUUAGGGAACAUUUAUCUUCUUGCACUGAGCUCAUGCAGACAGGCCACAGAUAAUCUGCUUGCAGGACAGCCAUAUGUAUGGGGCAGAUUAUGGAAGUGGUGACCACUCAAACAGCUGCCAGUCAAAAAAAACAUGGAGAGUCAGUGCAUGACAUGUUUUUGGAGUCUGAGACCAGAGGAAUCUAGUGCUAACACAGCAGCUCUGCAAAGACACUGUUGGAUCAUAGAAGUAUUUAAUAAUUGGCAGGUAUUGGCUGUGGCUUCCAAAACCAGCAAGAUUUUAAAGGCUGAAAGUUGUAUGGAGAAAUGGUCUUCAUCUGAAGAGAAAUGUAAAAGCAAAGCAGGACAGAGGGGUCUGUGAUGGUGUAGAACUGGGGGCUGGAAAUUUCAGUCCUGCUCCCACCCCACUGUGUGGAUCACCUGUGAGAAAGCAACAGGCUUUCUGUUCUCUUGCCUUGUCCAUCGUGGAGCACACUGAGACUUCCUGUGGCUCAAGAAGAACUCUAAAAUCUGUAAAUUGUCAAAUGCUGUUUCAAAUACUAUGAAGUCUGAAAGGCCAAACACCAUAAUUUGUUUUUGUAGACAGUGUUGGUGACUCCAGCCAUUGUGCACAGCAUGGAGAUCAGCAAACGUGAAAUGAGGAUAAACUGCAGCAUCCGUUGCACACCAGACUUACCCUGUGCUGCCUGGAGUUGCAAAUCCAUUCAGAUGUCUGUGAGGAUUUUCUUCUAAUAAAUCCACAUGAUCUACUAGAGUGUCUCAGGGAAAUCCCUUUAAUUAUUGCCUGUGGGUCGUUAACUUUAGCAAGAGUGACUGCCCAAGCAUGGGUAGGGUGUGAGCAGCCACUCUGUGGAGCAGUAGGGUUUCUGUUCUGUAUGUUUAGGAGAAAGGACAGGACCCCCACAGUGCCAUGCAGAGGGUAAGUCUGGGAACAACACCAUCUCUGCUUCUAAUUAGUUAAUAAAUUGAAUUAAAUAUGUGCUGAUCUCUGCAGCACAAGCAGCUAAUGCAGCAGCAGAGUGCCUGUCAGGAAAUAGGGGGUAGUUUGGUACCACAAGCUCUUAAAUAACUGCACUGAUAGGAUGUAGCAGAAAAUCACUACUAAGCAGCAUGAUGCAUUGCACUCCAGGGAAUUUCUGUCUAGGGUCAGAGCAAGCUGUUAAAUGUCUGCAGACGCAGUAUUCAUUUUCCUGACUUGCUGAUGAGCUGUCACACUGGUCAGGAAGGCAUGGCUACAGAAAACAGGUGACAGAUGGAGCCUGCUGCUCUGGCCUUUCCUUGUGCUGGGAUUUCCUGCAAGCUGAAAUCAUCUGAGCUCAACACCAGCUUGGGGCACUCAGUGCAACUCUUGGAACACACCUUCCUUCCAGCUGGAGCACCAAACUUUUAAAGAAAGAGAGAGACUAUUCUUGUCCAUAGGGUAUAAUUUUUUCCUGGAUUUGGUGCCAGUGUGAGGGUAUGUGAACGUGUGCUCCCACAUACCUUUUCACUCACAUAAAAGCAACAGAAAAUGGGAAAUGUGUUCUGAAUCACCACCAAAGAAACAACUAAUGGUAAGAGGAAACUGUAUUUUGCAUGUCAUUAGACUUCACUGAUAUAAUCAAGCAAGCUGGCUUUAUUCCCCAGAUGCUGGCUUUGGCCUUCAAGAGGAUGAAUAGGUCUCCUGUUAAUGAAGUACAUGCAAGGUGCUGCUGUGGUGUGUGCUUCUUGCCAGGGCCCAAGGCAAUGAGUGUAGGAUGGCAAUUACAGCUUUGGGAGAGGUAACAUUUGGAAGAAUAUGCAAUAUGCAAGCUGCAGUUAAAUCACAUGGCUCAAAAGAGCUUGAGAGACAAUUCUAUGCUAGUUAAAAUCAUUCCACACAUUCACACAUUCACAAUGGCUACCAGAUCCUGCUCUCAUUUAGGCUGGAAAUUUGUUGGAAACCUCAAAGUUAACAUCAGGAUUUAUUAUGAAUUUGCAUUUUCAGGAAUGAGGUCCUUUGCUUUUGCAAAUAAAUGUGGGUAAUGCAACUUGAGAUGAAUACAUGUAGGAAUCACUAAUGGAUUGUGAUUUUUUUCCUUUUGGACAGGGCCAGAUAUAAUUCUGCAGUAGAAAAGGCCAGCUAGCACCUGCAUUGACCUGCCAGAUGAACCAAAAAAUCUCUGCUCAAAGCACCUCUUUAGGUAUGUCGAGACUUUGCUAUUCUGGAAGAUCAUACCUUGGCCCAUAAUCUACAGGAACAAGAGAUUGAGCAUCACUUGGCCACAAAUGUUCAGCGUAAUCGUCUGGUGCAACAUGACUUGCAGAUGGCCAA